CCCGACUGAUCGGAGGCGAUUUGAUGAACGGUGAUCGAUAACGUGUUGAUAAAAUCUUUGAAGAUCUUUUUUUCUGGAUAUUGCUUUAGUAACCGCCUGAACCUCCACCGCUGCGCACGAUGAGCGUCCGAAGUGGCACCACGAAGGACAAGGGCACGGGGAUCCUCUCCAGUACCAGCAAGUCCGUCCCCAUCAGACUGCCUCAAGAGGCUGUAUCGGAGGAGAGUCUGCUCGCCAAGGAUACCAUCACACCAGAGGAUGUGCUUCGGCUGCAGAAACCCACUCAGAAUUACCUGUGUAGCACGGAUGCCAACAUUUACAACAUCGACUUCACCCGGUUCAAGAUCCGAGACCUGGAGACGGGCUCGGUGCUGUUCGAGAUCGUGAAACCCACGACUGAGGAAGGCUCCGGAGAGGACACAGAGAGUCCCGACCUGCCGCCAGAGGCCAGUCGCAUGGUGCGCUACCACUUCACGCCCAAGUUCCUCAAACUGAAAAUGGUCGGAGCGACUGUCGAGUUCACCAUCGGACCAAAGCCCGUCAACAACUUUCGGAUGAUCGAGCGUCACUUUUUCCGCAACAAGCUGCUCAAGACGUUUGACUUUGAGUUCGGCUACUGCAUUCCCAACUCGAAAAACACGUGUGAACACAUCUACGAGUUUCCAAGGAUCCACCCGGACAUGGCCGCGGAGAUGAUUCGCUCACCGUUCGAGACGCGCUCGGACAGUUUCUACUUCGUCGAUAACCGACUCGUCAUGCACAACCAGGCAGAGUACGCGUACGACGCUUAGCGGAUGCCCUCAGUGGCCACAUCGCGACAACGGUGACAUCUGGUGGAGAGCUGAAGGGCGACCUGGCUGACAUCUAUCGGUGGGUCCCAGAACCACUGGUUUUCGACAUAUUUUUCUUUCUUUACGGAAUAUCGCGAUUCUUCUUAAACUGAGAGAGUAUUUCGUAGGAUUUAUAGCUGGUAAUUCUUUGCAUUUGAACAUCGUUCAAAUUGGAUUUUCCGUUUGGUCCCGUACGUGCAAUAUAUUCAUAACUUGGCUGUCAUUUUCACAGCCAGCUUUCUUCCUUAUGGCCAACUCUUUUACCGCUAUUAUCUCCUCGACUCUUGUAUCGGUAGCGCACAAGGUACUAACUUUUCGUCGACCAUCGCACAAAUGUGAACUUUUGGUGAUAACUGAAAUCACACACGCACAAUUUUUUAUGUAGAAGCUAAACUGAACGACAGGCUUUAGCAACGUAUCGAUGUUAAAGUGUGGACUGACACCGUUACGUCGACCUGACGUGCAAAUGUAAACUCCGUGUAAAUGUCACUUUAGUGUCCUGUGUGUAUAAUGCGCUGUUUGAUCUCUUUUCUUCUGGGGAUUAUUAUCUUGUAGCACAUUUGUAUUGUAUUUAUGUAUGCUCUGAAGAGUGGCUCGAGUUUUAACAAGUCUGUUUCAUGUUUUGUGACACAUAUAAUUCAUCAAUGUUGUUGAAAAGGCCGACUGGGAAUUCAUUUUAAGCGUGGAUUGCUGCUUUAAGAA